AUGGUGGAUGUUGAAGUAUUUUCAUCAGAUCUUGUCAGAUACGUGUUUCCGUUGGCGGUGACAGUGAUGGACGAAGGUGGUGGUUAUCACCGCUCGUCGGAGCUCAUAAAUAUGGAGGAGAAAAUGGUAGAUCUGAAGACGAAAAUGGUAGAUCUGAAGACGAAAUUCGUAGAUCUGAAUACAAAAAUCGUAGAUCUGAAGAUGAAAGUCGUAGAUCUGAAGAUGAAAAUCAUAGAUCUGAAAACUAAAGUCGUAGAUCUGAAGCUGAAAAUUGUAGAUCUGAAGCUGAAAAAUUGUAGAUCUGAAGCUGAAAUUGUAGAUCUGGAGCCAACCGGAACUUGUUAA